UAUAAGACAGAUUAGAAACCGGAAGCGCCCAGUGACAGGGAGAAAAUAAUUUUUGCAACGAUUUUCGUUACCCUGGUGAAAUUUGAAUUAAUUUUGACAGAAGAGGUCUUGUACAUAACAUUAGCAUGAAAUCCAAUGCCGUUUUGUUAAUCUUCCUCGCAGCAUUUGUGUCAGGGCAGGAUGAAUGGUGGAAGACCACCGAACGUUUACAUCGAGACCUUUUACUGAACAAGAAUUAUUCUUCCAUCGUAUGCCCGCACGAGUCUCAUAAUCAUACAAUCGGAGUAUACAUGACUCAUGUCGUCAGGGCUUUCUAUGUCGAUGAACUCACGCAAAUACUUACAUUCAACUUUUGGAUGUACAUGUACUGGAGUGACAAGAGACUCAAGUGGGACAUGAAGGACUACGGUAAUAUCUUCCAAACGGAGUUGGCUGCUGAAGACGUUUGGAAGCCCGACCUAUUGGUGUACAAUAGCGCGGACCCCACGAACAUAGCUCAUUUCGGGAACGUUCCCGUGACAGUGUACAGCUCGGGUACAGUCGUCUGGAUGCCGCCCGCUACUGUCAAGACUGAGUGCCCAAUGGACCUCACUUACUGGCCUUUCGACACACAAACCUGCGAGAUUUAUAUGGGCUCAUGGACCCGUCAUGGUUUUCAGAUCAGCUAUGAGACUAGCAAUCCAAACAUGACAACAGAGCAGCAUUUACGAGCGAUGCUUCAAACAAACCACCAUUGGGAAGUAAAGAACAUUAAGUUGGAAAAACAAGUGUAUGACGCGGCCUCUCUUCCGUACUAUGUCGUCAGGACGGCCAUCACAAUGCAAAGAAACUCGCCUGCGUUCACAGCCACCGUCAUCUUGCCCGGGAUAGCGGUAGCGGUGCUGACGCUCAUACAGUUCGUGCUGCCAGUGGACUACCCUCCUCGCGUGACUGUCGGACUCGCAGCCACCCUAGCCUGCAUCUUGAUGCUAAUCGAACUGGCCACUACACUACCUCCACUUGGAGCUUCUUCACCACUAAUUGUGCGAUACUAUGGCUUUGCGUUAAUGGUGAGUGUCCUGAGCAUCAUCCUGAGUGGUCUGCUGGCCAGACUGUCCAAAGAGCCUCCUGAGGUUUUGUCCAUCCCCGUCCCAGGCUUCAUUAAAGGCCUCAUCACAGGUCCUCUCGCUACUGUUCUGGGUCUGCGCUUCAUGGCUGACAAGGUUGGGCGGAGUGGCAUGUCCGAAAAAGACAACGAAGAAGAAAUCAUCGGGGAACGCAAGAGCUUCUUGCACGAAUGGUUACUUUUGGCAACCAUUGUGGACAGACUUUCCGCCCUCACCUACUUGGUUGUUUUCAUAUGCGCACUUCUUGCCCUCACUUCCAAACUACACUAAAACAAUAACCCGCCGGGAAUACUUAUACGGUGGAAAAAUGAAUUCAAAUUUUUAAUCCAAGACAAUAUUCUUUCAUGCUCAUCUGUCACAGUGAAGAGAUAAUUUAGUGGCAUAUUUCUUGUUUCACUUCAUUUUCUUCGUUUGGCUUUUAGUAAUAGUUCAUUUGCUUAGAGAAGAUUCAUAAAAUAACCACUAAUUAUUACACUCUAAGGAUUUUAUUUAUUUCUGAUGCAAAUAAAGAUAUUUGAACA